AUGACAGACUACCUACAAUGCGUUAUGGACAAUCAUGGACCCAACAUAGUGGCGGAUCUCAAGGCUUACAUGCGAAACCGUCGAAAGUUCGCACGGAUGAUUGCAAGAAGGAAGUUUUUGCUGCACUGCAGAAAAACAGGCGUAAUGCCAUCACACAUCAUCAACAAUGUAAGAUGCCUUUACCAGACAAUUUCGAGACAGUCACCAUUCAACAGACAGAUUGACAACAUGAUUAAAUGCUUUCAACAUAAAAUUUUGAGCAUGGAGAUCAAGGUAACCUUCUGGGAGAUUCGAGAGAUCAAAGAUCAAUUAACGGUACUACAGCACAAGUUGAUAGAAACUCAAGUCGUGGCAAUUCAGAGCUUUCUACUUGUCCAAGAACAAGUUUUUUGGCGCGUUUUCCAAAGAGCCACACACACUCAUAUCAACAAGUUCAAUGUAUUACGGAUGAAACAGCUGGGACAGGUCAUCAAUAUGCCGUCUUCUGAAUGGGUGGUGAACAGCACAGAUGCACAACUACCACAUGAGGUGAAGAUGUUGUUGGGUCUUAGCCCUAGAUUUUCCCUUCCGUAUGGCCAAUUACCACCACAAGUAGUGUUACAUAUGCUUGCAGAAAUUGAAGAUGUUAUACACUUAUUACCUAACGAUGACAACAAUAAUAACAAAAAGCGUAUGAUUAGAUCAAAAAUAGCACAACUUAUCAACACACGAUUAACAAAUCACAGACUUAAUCCCCAUGACAAAUAUUUCCUACAUUUACAAUCAGAAACAAGAAAAUUCAUUCAAGAAAACAGAAAUCUUAUUAUUACACGUUCUGACAAAGGGAACAAGACGGUUCUCAUGUGGAAAGAGGAUUAUGAGGUAAAAAUGGGAAAUAUUGUGGCGGACGAGGGCACGUACAAGAGAAUCGCAAGAGAUCCGACAAUUACAACUGAGAACAUGAACAACACGCUAGUAAAAAAGAUGCAUGAUAAAAAAUACAUUGACUUUAUCACUAAAAAAGAGCUAACAACCCACAAUUCAAGAGCCCCACGAAUAUAUGGCCUACCAAAGACGCACAAAGAGAAUAUGCCACUUAGACCUAUUGUCUCAUGCAUAAACUCUCCAACAUAUGCAUUAUCAAAAUUUAUAACCAACAUCUUAAAACCAAUAAUGAACAAAGGAGGAUAUAAUGUAACGGACUCUUUUGAAUUUGUGGACCGGAUCUCAAGCAUCGUGGUUCCGGAGAACUUUGUGAUGAUUAGCUUGGACGUCGUGUCACUGUUCCCCAACAUCCCACGCAAUCUUGCCUUGCGGAUAGCUGAGGAUCUUUGGGACGACAUAAGAUCACACACACCAAUUCACAAGGAACUUUUUAUGGAGAUACUGGCUUUUUGUCUUCAAACUAGCUACUUCACCUUCAGGGGGCAAUACUACUCACAAACCGAUGGGAUGCCAAUGGGAGGCCCCCUAUCCCCAGCCAUUGCUGACUUGGUCAUGGACUUCGCACUAACCAACAUAAUGGAAUCCAUCCAGAAUGCUGAGUUAUUACUCACAACACCCUCUCCAACAGAAAAUCGGGACAGCAAUAGGGCUCAUCAAACGUGUACAAAGAUUAACAACAAUCAAUGA